AUGACCUCUAUCAUUCAACUACUGUCUCCAUGGCCGGUUUCUAAGCAUUCAAUAGUCCUGCACGAGCAACAUUACCCUCCACCUCAAUCCGCCGUCCUCCCUGACCACCUGGACACCAUGCCUCAACACCAACCUUCGUCUCCCAACGACCCGGCCAGCAACGAGGCCGUCACCGGAAGCGCAGAAAGUGAUGGAGGCGAGAACAACGGUGACGGCCGCAAAGGUUAUGGGAAGCGCGAGCUGAGCACGAGCAAGAGGGCCGCUCAGAACAGAGCUGCACAAAGAGCUUUUCGACAACGAAAAGAGGGCUACAUCAAGAAGCUGGAGGAGCAAGUUCGAGAUUACCAAAUUCUGAGUGAAAACUUCAAAGCGGUUCAGGCCGAAAAUUAUCAACUCCGAGACUACAUCAUCAAUUUGCAAUCCCGAUUAUUAGAAUCGCAAGGCGAGGUCCCCCCGCCGCCCAGCAAUGUCGACGGGCUGCAACCUGGCAAGCCAUCACACGGGGCCAUGCUACCUCGUCUCUCUGAACUGGGAGAGAUUGGAUCCCGCCAGGGAGACAGUAUACGCCAGGAAGCUCUUCGCAGCGGUUACCCGGAUCCGACGUAUUCAGAAUCCCCAGCCAACAAACGAGUCCGGACAGGAUCAUCUGAGAUGACUCCAUCUCAAGCGGCAUUGCAAGGCCCGGCCAUCUUGUCACAGUCGUCUACCAGCACUCGAUAG